CCGCCGCGGCUCCGCAGCACUCGACAGCCUCGCACCCGAACACGAGUUUGUGCAUCUUUGGCCGCGAUUCCGUUACGGGAUCUUUGACGAGAUCGGCAUUCCGGGAAGCAAGCGCUUUCCUAUGGCUGUGACUGACAACGACACCGUGUUUCCCGUGAGCCUGUCGAAGGGUCUGUCCGGCAUGCUCUCUCUGUCCGACGGAAGCAGAUGCGCGGCGACGCACAUGGGAAUGAUUAGGCCUGACUGCCACCUGUUCCUUCAACUCAGCAACAGGCAGACGCUGAUGGGUUUACUGCGGAUGCCAUACGCGGCAGCGAACAAUCCGACAGCGGCCAGGUACCUUCCCACGCAGCACAACGUCCUGUGCCAGAGAAGAAGUACGUCGGAGAUCAUCUACUCUCACGAAGACUUCACGCUGAAGCGAGAGCCGAACCGCUCGCCCAGAGAGCCUCGUUUCCGGUUCGUGAGGCCCAAGGAGAACGUCACCACGCGAGUCGUUCUCCUACUGGACGCCUCGGAAGGAAUGUGUCGUGGAGGUUGGAUGCGACAGGUGCAUCAUUCCGUGUCACGCUUUAUCCAGUCUCGGUUGCCGGACGGCGCGCAGCUUGCGCUAAUUGCGCUUGCCGAAGACGAGGCGCACGUCCUCGCCAACCUGACGAAACUCGGGUCGCGCUCGAGGAGGGCCCUGAGACUUCUUGUACCUUACGGCUGUGGUCGAGCAGGCGUAAACCCGUCGAGGGGACUCGACCGCACUGCCCAGCUGCUGAAAGGCUCCCACCCCGCGGGAGCGAUCGCGGUGCUUGUAACGCACGAAGCGUCACUCGGAGGGAAGAACGAAACUGCAAUCGAAGCAUGGGACACGGGAAUCAUUCUUAGUACGGUGGCUCUGGGGUCACGCGCCGAUCCCGCGUUGGAGCUGCUCGCUUCCAGGAUGGGUGGCCUGAGUUUUUGGGUUCCGAGCGAAGGGGACGCUUACACCGCACUCCUAGACGACGCACUGGCUGACGCGGCGCAGCAGCUUAGCCAAGCCGACCAACGGGAAGUCAUCGUGCGUCGGGAGGAGCUUCGGGUACGCGGCGAUCGCCAGCUUCCUUUCGUCAUCGACGCCUCCCUCGGUGCGGACGGCCGCGUGGCAGUCGUAGGCCGUGCGGUCGAAUUCCUCGCCGUGCGCAUUCGCGACCCUGACGACGAGUUGUACGACGAGGCGAGUCCCGAGUGCACCAAGGACGUACUUCGAACGCAGUCCGUGGUCUUCUCUUUCCCGACCAUGAAACCUGGCCGCUGGACGGUGCAAGUGUCUCCUAUCAGCGGCGGCGGCACGGGCGGUGCGGCGACGUCCACCGUGAUGCUGCUUGUGACGUCAUACACAGCGCGGAACAAGUCGGCGAUACAGCUACGGGCUCAAGCGUCGGCGCCGUGGGUCGCCUACCCGGCAGUGGCCAGUCUGCACGCUCGCCUCACCAGAGGGAACCACGUGGUUGUUGGAGCCUCGGUGUGGGCUUCGGUGAGCCGGCCCCGACGGAGGCACGUGGUCAUCACGCUCCACGACGACGGCCUCGGGGCGGACACGAGUGCGGGUGACGGCAUCUACUCGGCCUUCUUCACGGACCACUCGGGCGUGGGACGGUACCGCUUGGUGGUGCGCGCUGCGGGCGACGAGAGCAACGCCCGCACUACGCUGCCCCACGUCUGCCGCAGCUCUCUCGCGGACCUAGCACGAAAGCCGCCGAACCUGGUGGUACAGCCUAAGAAGGCCUACCGCUUGACCGACCUGGCGGAGGACACCGGGUCUGAGGACCAGUGGGCGCCCCUGGCUCCCGAGGCCGGCCAACCGUGUCCCAUGUUCGAGAGGUACGUCGACGCUGGUUCGUUCCAGCUGGUUGGAUACCGGGAGCGCAGCCCCAUUGGACCGGGUGCCAUCUCGGACUUGUUGGUCGAGGCGUCCAUGGUGCGAGGACCACGGUGGAUGCUAGAGCUCACGUGGACGGCCAUGGGCUCGCACUUGGACGCAGGCGUCGUGGAGCACGUGGAGUUGCGCUGUAGUCGACGCGGAAGCGAGCUGGAGGAGAACUUCCGGCGAGCCUUCCAGAUCAGGGACACGGACCUGCUGAGGGGAAGCCUGAGUCCGCUGGCAGCCCGGAAGCGUCACCGCGUCGUCGUGCUGGUACCGGCGCGCCUGUUUCCACCGGACGGCGGCGCCUUCACCCUUUACCUGGCAGUGCGAACCCAAGAUGUGCAGGGCCGCCAGUCGCCGCUGUCCAACGUGGCGAGAGCUACGCACCCUGGCAUACGACCAGCGCAAACCCAACCGGGCGCGGACAAGCAGAAGCCAGGAAGUUCAGCGAGGCCCAUCGUCUUACGACCAAGGCCCAUUGUGAAUCAACGCAGUCGCCUUAAUAGAAUCUUUUUUACUUAA